GCGCCAGGCAGGACGCUCCCGCCCAUAAGCCCGCCGCGAGCUCGAGAUGCUGCCGCGCGUGUCCGCGCUCCGCCGCGCCCUGCUGACCCGCCCCUGGAGGGGGGUCGGGCUGCAGUGGAAGCACACCUCCUCCCUGAAGGUGGCCAAUGAGCCGGUCUUGGCAUUCACACCAGGCAGCCCCGAGCGAGAGGCACUGCAGAAGGCCUUGCGGGACCUGAAGGGCCAGACAGAAGCCAUCCCGUGCGUGGUGGGGGAUGAGGAGGUGUGGACGGCAGAUGUGCAGUACCAGGUGUCGCCCUUCAACCACGGACACAAGGUAGCCAAGUUCUGUUAUGCAGACAAGGGCCUGCUCAACAAAGCCAUCGAGGCCGCCUUGGCCGCCAGGAAGGAGUGGGACCUGCGGCCUGUUGCAGACCGGGCUCAGAUCUUCCUGAGGGCAGCAGACAUGCUGAGCGGGCCGCGCAGAGCCGAGAUUCUCGCCAAGACCAUGCUGGGACAGGGUAAGACAGUGAUCCAGGCAGAGAUCGACGCAGCGGCCGAGCUCAUCGACUUCUUCCGGUUCAACGCCAAGUUUGCAGUGGAGCUGGAGGGGGAGCAGCCCAUCAGCGUGCCCCCCAGCACCAACCGUGUGGUGUACCGGGGGCUGGAGGGCUUCGUGGCGGCCAUCUCCCCCUUCAACUUCACUGCCAUCGGCGGCAACCUGGCAGGUGCGCCGGCCCUCAUGGGCAACGUGGUCCUGUGGAAGCCCAGUGACACUGCCGUGCUGGCCAGCUAUGCUGUGUACCGCAUCCUCCGGGAGGCCGGCCUGCCCCCCAACGUCAUCCAGUUUGUGCCUGCUGACGGGCCCACGUUCGGGGACACCGUCACCAGCUCUGAGCACCUGUGCGGCAUCAACUUCACAGGCAGUGUGCCCACCUUCAAGCACCUGUGGAAGCAGGUGGCCCAGAACCUGGACCGGUUCCGGACCUUUCCACGCCUGGCGGGAGAGUGCGGUGGGAAGAACUUCCACUUUGUGCACCGCUCGGCCGACGUGGACAGCGUGGUGAGCGGGACCCUGCGCUCGGCCUUUGAAUAUGGCGGCCAGAAGGGCUCUGCCUGCUCUCGCCUCUACGUGCCGCGCUCGCUGUGGCCCCAGAUCAAAGGGCGGCUGCUGGAGGAGCACGGCAGGAUCAAAGUGGGCGAUCCCGCAGAGGAUUUUGGGACCUUCUUCUCCGCGGUGAUUGAUGCCAAGUCUUUCGGCCGCAUCAAGAAGUGGCUGGAGCAUGCCCGCUCCUCCCCCAGCCUCACCGUCCUGGCGGGGGGCAGCUGUGACGACUCGGUGGGCUACUUUGUGGAGCCCUGCAUCGUGGAGAGCAAGGACCCGCAGGAGCCCAUCAUGAAGGAGGAGAUCUUCGGGCCUGUGCUGACUGUCUAUGUCUAUCCUGACGACAAGUACGAGGAGAUACUGCGGCUGGUCGACAGCACCACCAGCUAUGGCCUCACGGGGGCAGUGUUCGCCCAGGAUAAGGAUGUCGUGCAGGAGGCCACAAAGAUGCUGAGGAACGCCGCUGGCAACUUCUACAUCAAUGACAAGUCCACUGGCUCCGUGGUGGGCCAGCAGCCCUUCGGGGGCGCGCGGGCCUCUGGAACCAACGACAAGCCAGGGGGCCCCCACUACAUCCUGCGCUGGACAUCACCUCAGGUCAUCAAGGAGACCCACAAGCCCCUAGGGGAUUGGCGCUACUCAUACAUGCAGUGAGCCCAGCUGGGUGCUCUGCCGUCUGCCUGUCCGACCGUCUGUCCGUCCAGAUGACUGGCCUCACUGCACUGGCCCCGCCCCAUCCCCUCGGCCCCUUUCUUGCGGACGGCCCCCUUUC